AUGUCUCAAGGGGCUCUGAGGUGUUUAGUGGGAUUUGUUGCUCUACUGGGAAUUUUACUGCUGAAAAUCUCAGGAAUUCAUGGAAAAGCGACUGUUCAUGUGGAUGGAUCUCAGAGAUGGGAACAACACGAGUCCCUGAGAGGCCCUAAUGUGUGUGGAUCACGUCUGCAGUCCUACUGCUGUCCGGGCUGGGAGACUCUGCCUGCAGGCAACCGCUGUGUUGUGCCUAUUUGCCGGAGCAGCUGUGGUGAUGGUUUCUGCUCCAGACCCAACAUGUGUACAUGUCCUGGUGACCAAAUAGCCCUAACCUGUGCCAACAAAUCAUCCCAACAGUGCAAUAUCAGAUGUAUGAAUGGAGGGCUGUGUGAAGAUGACCAUUGCCAGUGUCCAAAGGGAUUUACAGGAAGCUUCUGUGGACAGCCUGUCUGUGAAAAGACCUGCUAUAACAGUGGACGCUGCAUUGGACCAAACCACUGCGCGUGUGUGUACGGCUUCACUGGACCACAGUGUGAGAGAGAUUACCGAACAGGGCCAUGCUUCAUCCGGGUGCACAGCAGGCAGUGUGCAGCUCAGAGCAGUGGCUUUGUGUGCAGUAAGGCGCUGUGCUGUGCCACCGUGGGACAAGUGUGGGGUCACCUCUGUGAGCUGUGCCCUACGCUCAGCUCGUCCUGCAGCAGAGGAUUCACGCCAAACAGCCGCACAGGAGCCUGCCAAGAUGUUGAUGAAUGUAAGGUUGUGCCUGACCUGUGUAAAGGAGGAAAGUGCAUCAACACUGUGGGCUCAUAUCAGUGCCAGUGUGCCGUGGGUUUCCAGCAGCACACGAGUUCGCUGAUGUGUGAGGAUGUGGAUGAAUGCUCCACCGUCCAGCGUGUGUGUGAUGGAGGACGCUGCAUUAAUUCAGCGGGCAGUUUCUCCUGUGAGUGUCCUUCUGGAUACUUGCCAUCUGCAAACCGGACGCGCCGCCUCGAGCAGCACACAGGUGUCUGUUUUGCAUCUGUUGAGAAUGGACGCUGUGCUCAGAAAAUCAGCGGACGCUUCAGUAAAAUCCAGUGCUGCUGUGACCGUGGCCACUGCUGGAGUCAGAGCACAGCUCAUGAAAUGUGUCCCGUACCAGGAUCAGAUGAAUACUUCAGGAUCUGUCUGGUGGGCUCUGCUCUGAGUGGGUUUAGUGAAGAGGAUCCUGACCUGCACCCUCAACACCGCAGCGGCUUCAGACCUACCUCUAAUGACCGGAUACUUCGCCCACCUAAUGACAGUGGACGCAUCACACCUCAGAUUCAUCAAAUCCCAAGGAAUGGUAAUGGAUUUAAACCACAACGACCUGUUGUCGUUCGUAUGAAUGAGACUGUGAACAGGUGUCGUCUGUUUCCUAAUCUGUGUCUGAAUGGACACUGUGUACCCUUGGGGUCUGACUACCGCUGUGACUGUAACACCGGAUACAGAGAGGACAACAGAGGAGAGUGUUCAGAUGUAGAUGAGUGUGUGUUUGAGCCCUGCAUUAAUGGAAACUGUAUCAACACUGCUGGUUCCUACUACUGCAGAUGCCACUCAGGCUUUCUCAGGUUUCCAGGCAAACAGGCCUGCACUGACGUUGACGAAUGUCUUCAGAAUGGGGUGCUGUGUAAGAAUGGCCGCUGCCUCAACACAGAAGGCAGUUUUCAGUGCAUCUGUAAUGCGGGAUUCAAGCUCACACCUGAUGGGAGAAACUGCAUAGAUCACGAUGAAUGUGCCGGCACAAACAUGUGUCUUAACGGCAUGUGCAUUAAUGAAGACGGCAGCUUUAAAUGUGUGUGUAAACCUGGAUUCACCCUCAACUCCAGCGGACGCUACUGUACAGAUAUGGAUGAGUGCCGGAGCCCAGGUGUGUGUAUGAACGGACGGUGUGUAAACACACAGGGCUCUUUCAGUUGUGAGUGUUUUGCAGGUCUUACUGUAGGAAUAGAUGGGCGCACAUGUGUAGACACACACAUGCACAGCACCUGUUUUGGGGUUGUAAAAAGAGGCUUGUGUGGGCGGCCCUUUCAGCGAUCUCUCACCAAGUCACAGUGCUGCUGUGCCAACCCUGACUAUGGCUUUGGUCAGCCGUGUCGUCCCUGCCCUGGCAAAAACUCAGUUGAGUUUCAGGCCUUGUGUGCAAGCGGUGUUGGAUUUUCUGCUGAUGGCAAAGACAUUAAUGAGUGUGCUCUGGAUCCUGAUAUCUGCUCUAAUGGAGUGUGUGAGAAUCUCAGAGGAAGUUUCCGCUGCGUCUGUAACAGUGGCUAUGAAAGUGACCAGACUGGCAGAAACUGUCUGGAUAUCGAUGAAUGUGUAGUAAACAGUCUUCUCUGUGAUAACGGCCUGUGCCGGAAUAUUCCUGGCAGCUACAUCUGCACCUGCCUGGCUGGAUACACCUUGAGACACGACACAGAGACGUGUGACGACAGUCUGAAGGGCUCGUGCUGGGUAACCCUUCAGGAUGGCCGCUGUGAAGUGAACAUUAAUGGAGCUACACUGAGGUCUCAGUGCUGUGCGAUGCUGGGAGCGGCCUGGGGAAGCCCAUGUGAACCAUGUCAAAGCGAUCCUGUAUGUCAACGAGGAUUCGCUCGGCCAAGAGGGGCUUCGUGUGAAGAUGUGAAUGAGUGUGAGGUGUUCCCCGGUGUGUGUCAUAAUGGACACUGUGUGAACACUAGAGGUUCUUUUAAAUGUCAGUGUCCAGAGAGUCUCACACUGGAUGUCACUGGACGUGUCUGUGUGGAUGUUCGUUCAGAGGCCUGUUUUCUCACCUAUGAUGAAGAUGUGUGUACGCAGCCGGUACCAGGACACUUCCGCACGGACAUGUGUUGCUGUACGGUGGGUUUGGCCUGGGGCAAAGAUUGUGAAUUGUGCCCUGAGCCUGGCACAAGCCCGUUUGAUGCUCUGUGCCCGAGAGGACCAGGCUUUGCCAACAAAGGGGACAUGCUCACUGGCAGAGCUGUCUAUAAAUAUAUCAAUGAGUGUAAAGUCUUCCAAAGCAUCUGUAUUCAUGGAAAAUGUCGAAACACCAUUGGAAGCUUCAGAUGUCGUUGUGAGAGUGGCUUUGCACUGGAUGCCAAUGAGCAAAACUGUACAGAUAUUGACGAGUGCGUGAUCUCUCCUGAUGUUUGUGGUCAUGGCACGUGUGUGAACACUCUGGGCAGUUUCCAGUGUGACUGUUUCCCUGGCUAUGAGAGGGGAUUUAUGUUGAUGAAGAACUGCUUGGAUAUUGACGAGUGUGAACGAAACCUCUCACUGUGUAAUGGAGGCACCUGUGAAAAUACUGAUGGCAGCUAUAGGUGUGUGUGUCCACCUGGUCAUCAGCUGUCUGUGGACGGCAGUGCCUGUGUUGAUGUGAACGAGUGUGAGUUGAGCAGCACAUUGUGUCUUAAUGGCAGAUGUGUGAAUGUGGUGGGGAUGUACCAGUGCUCCUGUAACUCUGGUUAUCGGAUGACACCUGAUAGGAAAGGCUGCACAGAUAUAGAUGAGUGUACGAUAGAGAAUGGAGGAUGUGAGGUGUACUGUAGUAAUUCAGAGGGGAGUUACUAGUCACAUGCUAAUCAUGCUAGCAACAUGCUAGAUAUUGACGAGUGUGAACGAAACCUCUCACUGUGUAAUGGAGGCACCUGUGAAAAUACUGAUGGCAGCUAUAGGUGUGUGUGUCCACCUGGUCAUCAGCUGUCUUCUGUUGCUGUGGGGCCUUUGUUUGCAGAUGUGAAUGAGUGUAAUCUCAACACCAACAUCUGUGUGUUUGGGGAGUGUGAGAACACCAAGGGUUCUUUCAUCUGUCAUUGUGAGAUGGGUUACGUCGUGAAGAAAGGAACCUCUGGCUGCACCGAUGUUAAUGAGUGUGAGAUUAACACUCACAACUGUGACACACACGCCACCUGUGUCAACACACCGGCACAUUACCGCUGCUCCUGCAGUGACGGAUGGUCUGGUGAUGGAGUCAGAUGUGCUGCUGUUUUCUACAACUCCAUCCUCAUGACUGUGGAGAGCCCAGAGACCUCGAAGACUCUUGAGAUUCCACCUGACUACAGGGCUUUCCAGGAUGUCUUCAGCAAGCAGGCAGCAACGGAAUUACCACCUCAUUGGCCAUGGGUCUGUGCAAUUGACCUGCUGCAUGGGGCCAUGCUACCUAAGGGUAGAGUAUACCUGCUGUCCAUACCGGAACAGAAGACCAUGGAGGAGUACAUCGAGGAGGCUCUCGGGCAGGAAUUCAUCCACCCUUCUACUUCACCAGCAACAUCCAGCUUCUUUUUUAUCAGCAAGAAGGAUGGAGGCUUGAGGCCAUGCAUCGAUUACUGUAUCCUGAACUCGCAAACUGUCAAAUAUCACUACCCAUUUCCUCUGGUCCCAGCCACCCUGGAACAGCUUUGUGGUGCUUGCAUCUUCUCCAAACUGGACCUGCGUAGCACUUACAACCUCAUUCAGAUCUGUGAGGGUGAUGAAUGGAAGACCGCCUUCAUAACACUAUCAGGCCACUAUGAAUACCAGGUGAUGCCAUAUGGCCUCUCCAACUCACCCUCUGUCUUCAAAGGAUUCAUGAAUGUGGUGUUCCGGGAGUUCCUCCAUCAGUUUGUCAUCAUAUUCAUUGAUGAUAUCCUCAUCUACUCCCAGAACCUGGCCGAACAUUGCCACCAGAUGAAACAGGUCCUCGAGAAAUUGAGAGAAAACCAUCUAUACCUCAAAUUGGAGAAGUGUGAGUUCCAACAUGACACCAUCCAAUUCCUGGGUUACAUCAUCGACCAUCAAGGCAUUCACAUGGACCAGAGGAAGGUACAAGCUGUCAAGGACUGGCCUCAACCUAACACCAUCAAAGAACUCCAAAGAUUCCUGUGCUUUACCAAUUUCUACAACCGUUUCAUCGCCAAAUUCUGUCAGAUCUGUGCACCUCUCACCUCACUGCUAAAGAAUAAGCCCAAGUCUCCGUUCUGGACUCCUGACGCCGUCAAUGCAUUCCAGAAACUCAAGGAUGCCUUUUGCACCACUCCUACCUUGGUAGUGAUUAAAGAUAUUAAAUCGCAAAUGGAAAGCCUUCAUCUGGAGAUGCAAAAGAAUCGAGAGGAGAUGAAAGAGGACCUGCGUGCGCUACGAGAGGACAUCUUUCCAGAGCUGGCCACCUUACACAAAGCACAGGCCGAAUCAGCGAAUGAGUGCACGGAGAUGGGGAAAACUCUGAGUGACACGAUGGACAGAGUGGCAGUACUUGAACAGUCUCAUGAACGCAUGGCUAAAGAACACAAGAAAUUGCAGGAGAAAUGUAUGGAUUUGGAGAAUCGUAGACGGAGACAGAAUUUAAGAUUCGUCGGGAUUCCAGAAGGAGUGGAGGCUGGAAAUCCGAAUAAUUUAAACAGAUCAGAGGAGAUGAAAGAGGACCUGCGUGCGCUACGAGAGGAAAUCUUUCCAGAGCUGGCCGCCUUACACAAAGCACAGGCCGAAUCGGCGAAUGAGUGCAUGGAGAUGGGGAAAACCCUGAGUGACACGAUGGACAGAGUGGCAGUACUUGAACAGUCUCAUGAACGCAUGGCUAAAGAACACAAGAAAUUGCAGGAGAAAUGUAUGGAUUUGGAGAAUCGUAGACGGAGACAGAAUUUAAGAUUCGUCGGGAUUCCAGAAGGAGUGGAGGCUGGAAAUCCGGGAGCUUCUGGUAAUAACUGUCCCAUUGACUUUGAACUCAACCCCACUGGAAUCGGCUGCGUUGACACACGAGUAGGGAACUGUUUUCUGGAUGUGGUGUACCAUGGCCGUGGCGGGCUGGCGUGUAGUGUUGAGUUGGGGUUUGGAGUCAGUCGUUCGUUAUGCUGCUGUUCACUGGGACGAGCAUGGGGUAACCCAUGUGACCUUUGCUCUCCACUCAACACCUUGGAGUAUAACACAUUGUGUCCUGGAGGAGAGGGGUUCAAACUCAACUCCAUCACCAUCAUCCUGGAAGAUAUUAAUGAGUGUAAAUUGAAUCAUGGGAUAUGUGCUCCUGGAACAUGCGUGAAUCUGGAUGGUUCUUUCAGAUGUGUCUGUCCUGAUGGGUAUAUUGUCCACAAUGAGCACUGUGUAGACAUUGAUGAAUGUUCAUUUGGAAACCCCUGUGGAAACGACACAUGCUCAAAUGUGAUCGGAGGAUUUGAGUGUCUGUGUGAGGAGGGAUUUGAGCCUGGACCAAUGAUGAGCUGUGAAGAUGGGAUCAUUCCUGGUGUUGGAAACACACGUGUGGACUUAAAUGAGUGUGUGGAGAAUCCAGAGAUCUGUGUGAACGGCCACUGCAUCGACAUGGAUGGCUCCUUCCGCUGCGAGUGUCCCACGGGCUACAUGCUCAACUACACAGGAACACGAUGUGAUGUCACACUCCCUGUAAAAAUCCACAUAGUAGUUAUUUAUCGCCCUCCAGGUAAGCUAGGCAACUUUCCAGAAGAAAUGGACAUGCUGUCCUCAUUCCCUGAUGAUGGCAGCUUUCUACCACCCUACCACCUGUCCUCUAGACCCAAUCUCCUCACAUCUCCUACAAGCUAUUUCCUCUGCACUUCUGCCUUCACUCACACACAUCAACACAUCUCUUCUCACAGGAAUUUACCCAUCGCAUUCAAGCAGGCUCGGAACAACCAGCUGGACAAUAGCCAAUCUGGAUUUAAAAGUGGCCAUUCAACUGAAACCACAUUGCUGUUAGUCACUGAAGUGCUAUGGAGUGCAAGAGCUGAGUCCAAAUUUUCAGUUCUCAUUCUGCUAGAUCCAUCUGCUGCAUUCAACACUGUUAAUCAUCGAAUCCUUCUGUCCACCCUCUCAUCGCUGGGCAUCCCUGGAACUGCAGUCCACUGGUCUGAGUCUUACCUCACAGAUCUCAGACUGUCUGACGGACAUCUCAGCAUGGAGGAAAGAACAUCACCUGCAGCUCAACCUGCCAAAGAUGGAACUUCUCAUCUUCCCAGCCACCACAUCAGUACAGCACCAGUUUUCCAGCCAACUGGGCUCCUCAACGAUAAUCCCAGCGUGUUCGGCCAGGAAUCUUGGGGUGAUCCUUGA